UUUGCUUACCUGUAAAGCCAUCCCUUUGCUCAACCCCAAGUGGAACCUUCUCUCCCUUUCUAAGCUACCUUGGAUCUUUGGUGGGUCCCUUGUGUAUAUAUGAAAAAAGAUUAGGUCUACAAUCUACAUGAUUUGUCGGGUGAUAGCAGGAAGUUAUCCUCAUGACGUGGUUUACUAGCUGCCUACUUAAACCCCACCUCCCCUUGUGGAAGUUAGUUGCAAGCUUGAAGCUAAUUCCCUUUGAUUUGCUUUCUCUCUUGUGUGCACUACUACGUACGUACUGCUUAAGCUAAGCUGCUUUCCUUAUUCCCUCCUCUUCUCUCUACAACACAACUGUAAACGAUCGAUGGAUAUGGCCUCUGUGUCAUCGGUUGAGAGCUGCUGGGAGCCCAUUGUUGAGAAGACUGAAUUUGAAGGAAUGGAGGUGUCUGAAAUCGAUGGAGAUCUUCUCAUGUCCUUGCUAGAAGAAUCACAAGUUGAUCAGGAGGCCGAGGACGAGAGGUUGGGCUGCGUUAUUCGGUCUCUAGAAGCAGAGAUAGACGACCCAAAUGUGCUGGGUGGCUGUGGCUCCGUUGUCCAGCCUGAAUUGGCUGGCCGCCGUGGCAGCUGCGAGGACUGCCGGCUGCAAGAGAUGGGACUACUAGAGGAUGGCCAUCACUGCUCGGGGUCUUGUGCGUCCCAACUCAGCAAUGAGUUUGAUUGGAUUGAUAUGGAUAUGGCCUCGUCCACGCCAAGUGAUGACAUGGGCAACUGGUACAUGGACUCUUGUGCUGAUGAGAUGAUUGUUGGGAUGGUGGAACUGGGAGAAGUAAGAGAUUAUUCUCAGUUCUACUAUGGUGUUCCCUUGGAGGAGAAUGCCUAUAGCUCUCUGUGGCAAGAGUCUUAUGACGCUCUGAUGUUUUGAAGAUGAAGAAGCCAUGGUGAUUGGUGAAGCCCAUCCAUGGUUGUAGCUAGGAAGAACCCAUAAAAGAUUUUAACUCAGUUUUGUUUUGAUUGGUUGUCAUCAAUCAGCACCUCUUACACUUUGUAAUCUACUGCCCUCUGUUAUCUUCCUCUUCUUUGUUUUGUUCAAAGCUGAAACACAAAAUUUUAAACUCAUUCUGUGGAAUUCCCCCCUUUUUGUUGAGAACCAACACUUCAAUUCAAUCUUUCUUUAAAGCAUUGUGAGAUAGUGAUUGCUGAAUGGAGCAUUAAUGACCAGAUUUCAUUA